AUGCUGGCCGCGAAGGUGGUGAACACCGCGAAAAAGGAGGACAGGCGAGCCGUGGAGCGAGAGGUGGAAAUCAUGAGACGGCUACAGCAUCCACGACUUAUUCAACUUUACGAUGCCAUCGACACCGGCAAGCAGAUAUACGUAGUCUUGGAACUGAUCGAAGGUGGCGAACUAUUUGAGAGGGUGAUAGACGACGAUUUCGUGUUGACCGAACGCAGUUGCGCCGUUUUCUUGCGACAGAUCUGCGAGGGUGUAGAGUUCAUUCACCGGCAGAAUAUCUUGCAUCUCGAUUUAAAGCCUGAGAACAUAUUAUGUUUGACAAAGGAUGGUAACAGGAUUAAAAUCAUAGACUUCGGUCUGGCGAGGGAGUACGAUCCGAAGAAGAAGCUGCAAGUUCUGUUUGGCACGCCGGAGUUCGUUGCGCCGGAAGUCGUAAAUUUCGAUCAGAUUGGUUACGGUACCGACAUGUGGAGUAUAGGCGUUAUCUGUUACGUGUUAUUAUCCGGUUUGUCGCCGUUCAUGGGGGACACGGAUCUCGAGACGAUGGCGAACGUGACCAUCGCCAAGUACGACUUCGAUCAUGACGCGUUCACCAACAUAUCCGAAGACGCGAAAGACUUUAUUCGAUGUCUGCUAGUCAAAGACAAAGACAAACGUAUGUCGGCGGCGGAAUGCAGGGAGCAUCGUUGGCUGGCCAAGAAGCCAGCGAGUCAGCAACAGCAGCAGCUGGAAGGAACGGCGAGGGUGGCGAAGCCACAGACUCGAAGCGUGCAAAUCCCUCGAGUGCGGACGAGCAACGUGGACGAGCUGGACGUGACCAAAGACAAUCUGAGGCUGUUCGUGGAGCGCUGGCGAGAGCAUCCGGACAGCCCGUACCUGAUAGAUAUUCCACAGUGUUUGCUGGGCCAGCAGCAGAAUUCCACGCGCGAUCACGAGGAAUUAGUGUCGUUGAGAGGUCAGAGCCCGUCGCCUUGCGCCAGCAUCUGCAGCACGCUGUCGGAAACGACGGACAGCUCGCCCCGCGAGAGCCACGGCACGUUCCUCACGGUGCCCAGUUUCGGCUUUGGUCUCGAGAGGAGAGCCUCCGAGAGCGUGGCCACGCAGAAGCCGAGGAGUGACCCUGCCAGCCAGAUUGUCCUAGCCGAGGAGAUAAUCAAACUGUCGGAACGGCUGAGAUCCAUAGCCAUGGGAGCGUGCGGGAAACCGAACGACGAGGAGGCUAGCUCGGUGAUCGGCGAACCGGGUAAAAGAAACGAGCCGGACGAGAAGGAGAAGGAGAAGAGAAACGAGGUCCGCGAGAAGAGAAACGGUUUGGUUGCUGAGAGCAGCGAGUGCAACGAAAUUACGGAGAAACUGUCGAGCAUAAUGAGACACAGGAAGCUGAACGGAACCACGUUUCACAGUAAUCGUAGUUUCGACAAGUACGAGACGAACGCUGGAAAUGUGUUUGCCUCGUUGAGAAAGACGAGGCAGAAGAGAGAGGAAGAGUCUAUGGAAUCGACUAGGUCGGAAUUUUUUGAGAAGAAAGCGGAAAACGCGACGAGUGAUAAGGCGAGCGAUGAGAGAAUACCUGGGAAAGAUGGAGAGAUGGAUCUCACGCCACCGUGGCGACGUCCACGCGUGAAACAGUUCGGCGAGACUAGCAGAGAUGUUCCACGGAUCUCUGGACUUCGUAAUUUGCACAAGAGCCUGAAUCUGGACGAGCCUGCUAAUACCAAGGAUCUGUUGCUUCAUUUGCUUGGCGAAUGGGAAGAGGUUGCUACGAGACCGUCGGGGGUUGGUCGCAAGUCGGUCAGCGUCGAUUGGUGCGGAGAAGAGUCUGUCGCCAGAAAGACAAUGAACUCUUUGGCGGAGUAUUUCCAAUCGAAACAACAAAAGUCCACGGCUGCUAACGUUAGUUCGCCCAUGUCGAUAAUGAUCUGUCUGCUCGAAAAUAACCAGGAAUUUGAUCGAUUUUGCUCUAGGAAGAGACCAUCCGCUGGUCAACUCUUGGAACACCGGUGGCUGGAGGUGGCUUUGGAGAACCCGAUUUGUAAAAGUAGAUUGAAGCGGUAUGUGAUCAAGAAGAGAUGGAUCAAGGCUGUUAACACGAUACUGGCGUUGAGACGAAUGGGUGCCCACUUAGAAUUCGAUUUAGCUUAA